AUGAAUAGGUUUCGGAAAUUGCUGAUGCAAGAGGAAGAAGAUGCCAUUACAAGAAAUCGUCAAAGAGCCCUGGUGAUGCAGGCAGCUUCCUCUCAUAUCUUGAGGAUCCAAGAGGAAGAAUCACAGUGGGGUGGUUCACAGCCCGGGCGCCAGUAUAUCGCAAGAGAUCUAGAAGCUAUGGAUCGACGACUGAAGGCUUUAUACUUCACUUCAUCGUGCAGGUUCCAGGGCGAUGUAUUUUGCAGAAGGUACAGAAUGCGACCUCAUGUAUUUGACCAAAUGAUGCAUGAUGUCGCCAACCACGAUUCGUACUUCGUGCAAACUGAUGAUGCCUCCGGCAGAGUUGGUUUGUCUACCGAACAAAAGCUGACUUGUGCUAUGAGGAUACUUGCUUACGGGCCUCCGGCCGACCUGUGUGAUGAGUUUCUAGACGUAGCUGAAUCUACAGCUUUGGAGAUCUUGGCGCACUUUACUAGAGCAAUCUGGAAUGUGUACCACGAUCAUUACCUUCGUCGCCUAACUUCAGCAGAUUUGCAGCGGUUGCUUGAUGUUGCCGACAAAAGGGGGUUCCCUGGAAUGGUGGGAAGUCUCGACUGUUCCCUUAAUGAUAUCAAUGUACUUGGAAUGUCUCCAUUAUUCAACGAAAUAUGCACAUGUGAGGCUCCUCGAGUUUCGUACUAUGUAGGUGAUAGAGAAUAUGGCCAAUGCUACUACCUAGUCGAUGGAAUCUACCCUAAAUGGGGAUCUUUUGUGAAAGCAAUUAGAAAUCCAAUUACGCCAGAGCAAGCUCAUUUUACAAAGAUGCAGGAGUCAUACAGAAAAGACGUGGAGAGGGCAUUUGGAAUUCUUCAAGCUUGUUUUGCAAUAGUAAGAGGACCCGCCCGUGGAUGGGAUAGAGAGGAUCUCCAAUACAUCAUGAUGACCUGCAUUAUUUUGCACAAAAUGAUUAUCGAUGAUGAGCGUGAAGAAGAUGAAGAGUCACCUAUUGACCCUGAUGAUAUCCCCACCAGACCAAGGAAAGCACAAAUAUAUGAGAGGUAUGAGGAUGAUCGUGAGGUUGAGUGCAACCGUCCCGAACUUGAGGUGUUCAUGACCCGUUACCAGGGGGUUAAAUGCCCAAUUGUGCAUAGAGUCCUUCAAGGAGAUUUGGUUAAUCACCUCUGGAACAUGAAGCUGCAAGCAGAGCGGAACCACAGAUGA